UAUAUUUUUUAGAUUGUAUCAUAGAGUUUGGCUGUGAAGUGUUAAACGCUGCUCAGAGCUGUCUCAGUGUAACUGAAAACCACAGCUGGAUUUCCUGUGGAAGAGACGAGCGCUGAGGUGAUACCUGCAUUUAUAUGACUGUGUUCAUAUCCUCACCAUCCUCCUCAUCAUCAUCAUCAUUCAUCUGCAUCAUCAUCAUCAUCAUGUUCUGUCGUUCUCUCCUGCUGGUUCUGCUGGUUCUUGUCUGCCUUCAGUCCAUCACAACUUUCCUGAAUUUUCCAUCACUGGAAUGCUGUCUCGAUUACCAGACAAACCCAAUCCCUGUUAUACGCAUUAUAGCGUAUGAAAUAUUCGAUUUGUUCUGCAUAGAACCCGUAAUCUUUUUUUUCCUUUAUGACGGUCCCCCUGUGUGUGCAAAUCCCAAAGAUGAAUGGGUGCAGAAACUCAUGAAAACAAUUGACAGCCACUCGUUUACAAGCUGGGUUGAAUUUGAAGAUGCAAUUAGACCAAUGGAAUGCUGUAGCAGUUACAUAACAUAUCCACUCCCUCUAAGAGUCUUUACAGCGUAUAAAGUAAUCGACCAUCAGUGCAUAAAACCUGGAGUCAUUUUUACCGUACAUCAUGGUCCCCGUAUGUGUGCAAAUCCCACAGAUGAAUGGGUGCAGAUGGUCAUAGAUGUAAUUGACAGCCGCCCGUUUACAACCUUGGUCGAAACUGAAGCUGGACUUGGACAAAUGGAAUGCUGUAACAUUUACAUAAAUCAUACAUUAAAUGAAAGAGACGUUACAACAUAUGAAGUAACAGACCAUCAGUGCAUAAAACCUGGAGUCAUUUUUACUGCAAAUCGUGGUCCCCGUGUGUGUGCAAAUCCCACAGAUGAAUGGGUGCAGGAACUCAUGAAUACAAUUGACAGCCUCUUGUUUACAAGCUUGGUCAAACCUAAAGUGUUUCAACCAGAACCUGUUUCUACUCCCGAACCUGUUUCUACUCCCGAACCUGUUUCUACUCCCGAACCUGUUUCUACUCCCAAACCUGUUUCUACUCCCGAACCUGUUUCUACUGCCUCACCCGAUAUAGAAUCUACAAGUCCUCCAGCUCAACAGGAUUACACAGAGGAAUCAGUCUAUGGCAGCGCAUAG